UUUUAUUUAAUUAAUAUUGAUUAUACAAUAUAUAUAUAUACUGUAAAUAUAAAGGAGAAAAUGUCAAAAAAAGGGAAAUAUUACUGUAGAAGGAAUAAUUGAUUUUAAUAUUGUUUUAUACUUAGUUUCUCCUCCACCGGUUAAUUAAUGAAUAGAUAAAACAACUAAGCCUAUAAAAAUGUUAACUAAUCUGUUAUAUAUUUAAUCUUUCCUUGGGAAUAAAAACCUUUGUGCAAUUAACUUUGACAUUGAAAAGGUAUUACGUACAAUUAAUCGUUAGAGACUGUUUUCUUUUUAGUUGUUUAAAAGUAAGGUGACCGAAUAAAGAAGCGAUAGAAAAUUCUUCAACGUCUUUGAGAGUAAAGAUGAAAUAUGUUGGCAUUCUAUUCCUACCAACUAUCUCUUGUGUUUAUAUCUAUUCUUUAAAUAGAAAUCAACAAUUUUCAACAUCGUACUUUAUGGAGAAAACAGGAUUUUUCAACUCAAAUUCAAAUCCAAUAAAAGUUGUUUCUAAUAAAAGUAAGAUUACUUGUGGUAUUGUUUGUAUAGAAACGAUUCAAUGUUGGCAUGCAAUCUACGAAAAGGAUACGAAACAAUGUAAAUUAUAUAGGAAAUAUAACGAAUUUAAAAAUAGCCCAUCCAACAAAUUUGGUUAUCUUUUAUCAUCGCCGAAAGAAGGAAUAGAGAUAUCUAGAGCUCCUCAAUGUUCCCAAUGUCCCGACGAUACCAUUUGUCAAAUCCUUUCAAAGUCCAUUCAUUGUUCGCGCAUGUGUCCGACCAAUUGGCAAAACCUAUAUGGAAAUCAUUGCUACUACGUAUCGUCGCACUCUGGAAAAUUCCAUGAUGUUUUGAAUAAUUGCUCUAAUUAUCACGCCUACUUAAUUUCUUACGAAACGAAAGAUGAAUUUGAUGCAGUCGCUAAAAAAUUACCUUCGAAAACUUACUAUAUAGGCCUGAUUUAUAAUUCGAGUUUAGACGAGCAUCGGUGGUUAAGUACAGGCGAAGUAGCAUCAUGGACAAAGUGGAAUCCAGGUAACCCUGGUAACCCUCAGCCUCAAAAAAAUAUGGGAGAAGAUUGUACACUUCAAGGUAGUUCUUAUUAUAAUCAGAGAUCUUGGUACGACGAUUAUUGUAUGUCUUCCGAGAGAUUUAUAUGCGAAAUGGGCAUAUUUUAAAAGUUAUUAAAUUAAGUAAAUAUAUUCAUUUCAAACAAUUCUUAUGUCUCAAACGUUCUAUAACUUUCCUUCUGCAAUAAAAUUAUAAAGGAUGUUGUCUGCAAUACUGCAAAAGAGAGAAAGAGAGAGAGAGAGAGGCAGAUAUGAGA